UAAUUGUGUCCGAAAAAGAAAGCAGUAGAAAACAAUAACAAUGAAGUCAAAUACAAGUAAGUAAUCUCAUUGAUCAAAACGACGGCAUUGGUAGUAUCAGGUGAACAAAACGACAACGAUUUUCUACUAAAUUCCUGAGUUUUUCUGGUUUGAAAAUUUUGUGAUCUAUCUAUCUAUCUAUCUAUUCUAUAUUGGUUCUAUUUCCAUCAUCAUCAUCAGAAUUAACGACUCACACUACAAACCCUAGAUAUGGCGCUCAUCAACAACUUUUCGACUUUCUCCUUCCUUCUCUUCCUCUUCCUCCUCCUCGCUUCCCCUCUUCUUCAAGUUGCUAGGUGUCAAUCAGAUGAAGCUGUGGAGAAUGCAGGUGAAGUGAGUGAUAUUGGAAUUGUUGAUGAUGCUCAAGAAUUUGCUGAUGGGAGCUUCCUUUCUGCCCCAGGAAUUGAUACUGUCGUUGUGUUCCCAAAGAAUAAUGCAAAAUUGGUAAAAGGUGGUGAAGAGGCAGAGCUGCUGGUCGGUCUGAAAAAUGAUGGGCAGUCGAGUUUGAAGGUUGUUGCAAUUAAGGCCAGUCUUCACCUUCCAUUCGAUCAUCAACUUCUUGUUCAAAACCUUACUGUUCAGGUUUUCAACAAAGGCUCUGUGCCAUCUUCAGUUCAGGCUAGUUUCCCAUAUAUAUUUACUGUUAGCAAGUUCUUGCAGCCUGGACCAUUUGAUCUUGUGGGCACCAUUGUAUAUGAGAUAGAUCAACAUCCAUACCAAAACACCUUCUAUAAUGGCACUAUUGAAGUUGUUGAGCCUGGUGUUUUAUUCAGCAUGGAAUCUGUGUUUCUUUUUACUCUUGGAAUUGCACUUCUUGUCCUACUUGGGCUAUGGAUUAAUGGUCAAAUACAGAACCUUUCUAAGAAAACAAAAAGAUCUACCAAGGUUGAAGUCGGGACUAAGACUACAGAUGCUUCAAUGGAUGAAUGGCUUCAGGGAACUGCGUAUACUCAAUCUACAUCAAGCAAAUCUAAGAAGAAGUAGACUAAUAAUUCUUCUCUAGUUCAGCCAUGCGAGACCCUUCCACAGAGUACAGAAUCCUGUAUUAGACUAGGUUGGAGAGAGAACUAGCAAGAAGUUCUAAAGUUUAGGUUUGAAAAGACCGUCUUUGUGUUGUAUCUUGUAUGUAGCUUAUGAGAGCAUUUUUAUAUUUGUUGUUUUUCUUCACACCAAGUUGAGCUUUUAUCCAAGAAAAUACUAACAGGUAUCCUAGUUAGUAAUAUCAUACAACUUUGAACCGGCAGAGUUUUGUUAGAUUGUUAAUUUUAUCUGGAUUUUGAUAAAUUUUUUAGUCCUCGA